UUUGCUUUACUCACCAUGAAGGCCACAGCCAUUGCAACCUUCUUGGGUGUGUUUCUGACAUGUACACACACAGCCAAGGAAGCCACAAAGAAGACAAAAAAGGCUAAGUUAUAUGUACCCCAGAUUGACUGUGAUGUCAAGGCAGGGAAGAUAAUCAAUCCAGAAUUCAUUGCAAAAUGCCCUCCUGGAUGUCAAGAUGUAAAACACCGUGUCUAUGGCACAGACAUUUAUGCUUCUUUCUCCAGUGUCUGCAACGCUGCAAUUCACAGCGGUGUCAUCGACAACACGGGCGGGAAGGUUCUUGUCCAGAAAGUCGCCGGGCACUCCGGAUACCGCGGGAGCUUCUCCAAUGGUGUCCGGUCGCUGUCACUGCCCCGCUGGAGGGAAUCCUUCCUGGUGUCAGAGGGCAAGCCAAGAAAAGGUGUGACAUAUCCAUCAACCCUUGAAUAUUCUUCUUCAAAAAGUACAGCUGUUAAAUCAGAGCCUAAAAAGCCAGAGCAAGACCUAAAAGGUACGAAGAGUGCAGACACUGCUAACACAUCAGAAAAAGCAUCAGAUCAAGGGCACACAGUCCGCAAAGAGCAUCAGACAACUCCGGCGCCGACCCCAGCCACAGAAAUGGCCACCACAACCCGCACACCGACCACCACCACGAGGACAGAGCCUUCCACCACAGUGCCACAGCCCACCACAACACCUGCAGCACCCAGAACCACAGCAGCUCCAGCCAAGACUAGACCUGGACUGCACAGGGUCAGAGAUAUGGGUUCUAGCAGUGUCCACCCAGCGUAUGCAUCUGUGGUAGCUGCAGCAGCAAGACAGGUUCAGGCCGCACAAGGAAGAGGACAGAAUCCAGCAUUCAGGGGCACUUCCACCUCUGCAAGUAACAGGAAUAUUUUACGACACAAUGCAGGUGCUCAGCACCAAGAGCCUGCUGCCACCUUCCAGAGGGCUGCCAGCUCUCCAGUCCACCUGGCAAUGGAAAUAGACUCGUGGAAACCUGGACUGAGCCUUUUUGACACAGGCUUCAGUUCAAAGGAAGAAUUGAAUCCAAAGCUGCUGGAAUCCAGCUCCCAGGGGAAUCAGAAUUGUAAGGUUGAUUUGUCCUUUUUAAUGGAUGGGAGCUGGAGCAUUGGCAAACGCCGCUUUCAGCUCCAGAAGCGGUUCCUUGGUAACAUGGCUCAAGCCCUUGGCAUUGGCAGCGCUGGUCCUCUGAUGGGCAUUGUUCAGUAUGGUGAUGACCCUUCCACAGAAUUUAACUUAAAAACUUAUACCAACUCCAAGGAUCUAAGGAAUGCCAUUGAGAAAAUUCAACAGAAAGGGGGACUUUCCAAUGUUGGAAAGGCACUUUCAUUUGUUAACAAAAACUUCUUUCUGGAUGCCAAUGGAAACCGAGGUGGAGCACCCAAUGUGGUUGUAGUGAUGGUGGAUGGGUGGCCAACUGACCGAGUGGAAGAGGCCUCCAGGCUGGCCAGAGAAUCAGGGAUCAACAUUUUCUUUGUCACUGUUGAAGCAGCUGCUCAAAGUGAAAAGCAGAAUGUUAUUGAACCGAACUUUGUGGACAAGGCAGUGUGCAGGACAAAUGGUUUCUAUUCCAUCAACGUGCCCAGCUGGUUCAGCCUCCACAAGGUGGUGCAGCCCCUGGUGAAGAGGGUGUGCGACACCGACCGGCUGGCUUGCAGCAAGACGUGCCUCAACGCCGCCGACAUCGGCUUCGUCAUCGACGGCUCCAGCAGUGUUGGCACCGGCAACUUCCGCACGGUUCUCCAGUUUGUGGCCAACAUCAGCAAGGAGUUCGAGAUUUCGGACACCGACACGCGCAUCGGGGCAGUGCAGUACACCUACGAGCAGAGGCUGGAGUUCAGCUUUGACAAGUACAGCACGAAGCAGGACGUGCUGAACGCCAUCAAAAGGAUCAGUUACUGGAGCGGGGGCACCAGCACGGGAGCAGCCAUCAGCUACGCCUCAGAGCAGCUGUUCAGCAAGUCCAAACCCAACAAAAGGAAGAUCAUGAUUCUCAUCACAGAUGGCAGGUCUUACGAUGAUGUCAGCGUGCCAGCCAUGGCAGCUCACCAAAAUGGAGUCAUCGCUUAUUCCGUUGGAGUUGCUUGGGCAGCCCCAGAUGAACUGGAAGCCAUUGCAUCAGACCCUCCUAAGGAGCAUUCCUUCUUUGUGGAUGAAUUUGACAACCUCUACCGCUAUGUUAAUCGGCUCAUCCAAAACAUUUGCACAGAGUUUAAUUCCCAGCCACGGAACUGA